AAAUCUUGGCAACAGAUUUUUGAUCGAGCUUGUGUCUUCAAUCACUUUAUGCAUUGGUCUGACCACUCGGCUCUGUAUUUGAGUCUUUUGGGCCCGACACUUCAUAUUCGGAGAAAUCAAUAUCGAUUUGAAAAUGCAUGGCUUAGAGAAGAAGGGUUUAAAGAGGUUCUUAAAGCUGCUUGGCAGGGGUCAGUUGAGAUGCCUUUUCAAGACAGAUUGCAGUUUUGUGUCAGGAAGCUUAGUGAGUGGGGAGGCGACAAGUUCCAAAGAUUUGGCAAGCGGAGGAAGGAGUUGUGUGACUUAAUUCAGAGGGUCCGCAAGCGUCGUGAUGAGGAGGGGUGUCAAAUUCUUAAUAAAGCAGAUAAGGAACUCUCUAAAUUGCUUGAUCAGGAGGACAUAUACUCGAAACAACGAGCAAAGCAGCACUGGCUUUGUGCGGGAGAUAGGAACACUCGUUUCUUCCAUCAAUAUGCCUCUUACCGUAGAAGGAAAAAUCAAAUUCAUGGCCUGAUGGCUCCGAAUGGCAAGUGGUGUGAGGGUCCAAAUUUAAUGAGUUUAGUGAGAGAUAAUUAUAACAGUCUAUUUCACUCUAAUGGGGCGGCUAAUUCAGGUUUUUUGGACUCCCUUACACCAUGUAUUUCUGUGGAGCAAAAUACUGGUUUGCUUCGCCCGUUCGAGGAAAGUGAGGUGAAUGAAGCUCUCUUUACCAUGCAUCCGGAUAAGUCCCAUGGACCGGACGGUAUGAACCCUGGUUUUUAUCAAAAAAGUUGGGAGACAGUGGGUUCUGAUGUCACGCAGUUUGUUUUGAAGUGUAUUAAGGAGUGCUUAUUUUCUGACGGAAUGAACGAUACCACGCUAGUGUUGAUCCCCAAGAAGCAAACCCCUAAGACUGUGGCAGAUCUCCGACCCAUUGCCUUAUGCAAUACUACAUAUAAGACUAUAUCCAAGAUGGUGGCAAAUCGCCUUAAACCCUUGUUGCAACAUGUUAUCUCGGAUAAUCAAUUUGCGUUCCUCCCAGGUAGACUUAUUUCGGAUAACAUUUUACUAGCUGUAGAAAUGGGACAUUACUUACACAGAAAGCAGUUGGGUUUGACGGGAUGGGUGGGAUUAAAGCUCGAUAUGGCAAAGGCAUAUGACCGGGUGGAGUGGGGCUUUCUCCGCAAAAUGAUGGAGAAACUAGGUUUUGAUAGUCGAUGGAUUGAACUUGUUAUGCUUUAUGAGUUGGUUCCCACCAGGGGACUUCGUCAAGGAGACCCCCUCAGGCCAUAUUUGUUUAUAUUAUGUGUGGAGGGUCUUUCUUUGAUGUUGAAGGAGGCUGAAAGGAAGAGGCUGAUUCAUGGUAUUAGAGUGGCCAGGGGAGCUCCUCCCGUAACCCAUUUGUUCUUUGCAGACGAUAGCUUGCUAUUCUUUAAGGCAUCGGAUGAGGAGGCUGGGCAGGUUCGGCAGCCUCUUGCUUCGGUUUUUGUGGUUGUCCAGGCAGAGAAUUUUGGUGGAUGGAAUUUAGAGGUUGUGCAAAGCUUAUUUUGCCCCAGAGAUAUGGACCAGAUCAGUAGGGUGCCACUUCAACUAGAUAGUGAAGACAAAUGGUAUUAGGCAGGAGAGACGCAUGGGGAGUACUCCGUCAAAGAGGCUUAUCGUCGAUUGGUUGACGAAGCUACGUCAACUCCUUGUUUCUCUCGAUGGGGCCAGAUAUGGCAGAUUCCAAUUGCUCCUAAAAUUAGAAUCUGCCUUUGGCGUACAAUU